GUGCGUUGGCAUAGCAAUUGAUAUUGCCUACAGCUGGAAGGUAGUGUUUGUUAGACGAAGUGAGAGGGCUUAGAAAGUGAACGAAAACUUAAUGUAGGGUCUCAAAAGGAGGGAUAACGAGGUUGUUUAUUUAUUUUUAUUUUUAAAGAGAGGUAUCGACCAAAGCUAAAAUAUUAGACUGCCAAAAUGCUUUGCCAUGUUACCCGUACGGAUUCGGUGGUUAUGGAAGUGGAAGUUGAUGCGAAGGCGAAUGGUGAAGACUGUCUGAAUAAGGUGUGUAGGAAGUUGGGAAUCAUAGAGGUGGACUACUUUGGCCUGCAGUUCUCGGGCAGUAAAGGAGAGAACCUGUGGCUGAACCUGAGGAACAGAAUCUGUCAGCAGAUGGACAAUCUGACUCCCUGCCGACUCCGACUUCGAGUCAAGUUCUUUGUGGAACCACAUCUCAUACUCCAGGAACAGACGAGACAUGUGUUCUUCAUGCAGGUCAAGGAGGACCUCCACAGCGGCCACCUGAGGAUGUGUUCAGAGCAGGCUGAGGAGCUGAGUGCCCUGCUGGCCCAGGCCGAGUUCGGAGACUACAACCAGAACACUGCCAAGUACUGGUACUCUGAGCUGUGUGGCAGUGAACCCUGCCCGGCAACAGUGAACGGGAUCAUCUCUAAGCACAAGGCGUUGGAGGGUCAGAGUCCAGGGUCGGUGGAGUACCAGGCCCUGCAGCUUGUGUCCAGUCUGGAGCACUACGGCGUGGAGUGGCACUGGGCCAGAGACGCAGAGGGACAGAGGCUGGCCAUAGGGGUAGGCCCGGAGGGCAUCGCUGUCUGUAAAGAGGACUUCAGCCUGGUCAACAGGAUCAGCUAUCCCAUAAUCCAAAUAGCCACCCAAUCAGGGAAGAGUGUGUACCUGACAGUGACCAAGGAUACCAGCGACAGUGUGGUGCUGCUAUUCAAGCUAAUCAGCAACCGGGCAGCAAGCGGACUGUACCGGGCCAUCACUGAGACACACGCCUUCUACAGGUGUGACACUGUGACCAGCGCAGUGAUGAUGCAGUACAGCCGUGACUUCAAGGGUCACCUGGCCUCGCUCUUCCUCAACGAGAACAUCAACCUGGGAAAGAAGUACAUCUUCGACAUCCGACGCACCUCCAAGGAGGUCUACGACUACGCACGCCGGGCGCUCUACAACGCCGGCAUCGUGGUGGAGGGGGCGGGCGGCGAGAGGACGCCGUCGGGGCGCAGUCCCCUGCGUGGCCAGCAGGACGGGCUGGGGGAGGACUGUGGGAGCUGUCAGCAGAGCAGGGCGCUGCUGGAGAGACUAGAGAAGCUCAGAGAAGCUCUGCUGUGUAUGCUGUGCUGUGUGGAGGAGAUCGAUGCAGCAUUCUGCCCCUGUGGACACAUGGUGUGCUGCCAGACAUGCGCCAACCAACUACAGUCGUGUCCGGUGUGUCGGUCGGAGGUGGAACACGUGCAGCAUGUCUACCUCCCCACCUGCACCAGUCUCCUGAACCUCACCAUCACCACCACCUCUCACGACGGCGACAACAGCCCCAUCCACAGAGCUAUGGGUGGUCUAGGACACACCUGCCACACCAAGGACUACUGUAACACCAACAACCACCACGACUCCAACAAGAUCUACCACACAGAGACAUAAACCACUUCACCACUCCCUGGCUGUGUACCAAAUGGAACCCUGGCACUACAUGGGGAAUAGGGUACUAUUUGGGAUGCAGUCCAGUCCCAACACCGUUGUUUGUGGUUCUGUUGGGUUGUUGUCACCUUGCCACUCCCUGACGGUGGUAUUUUCUCAUAUGAAUUUUAUUAAACCAAUGAUGGAUUUAUUUUUUAUUUUUAUACCACCGCUCCAUUUUAGAUUUAGGUUUAUUGCGUAUUAUUUAGUUUUAAUCUAAUUGCAUCAGUUGAUCUGAUCAUAAUUAGCGGCGCCAUUUGAAUUUCUUUCACAGUUUUGAUUGUGUUUUUUUUCCUUCUCCAUAUUGGUCUACAGAAUGUGAAUUAUCUAUUGGGCCCAUAACCUGCAACGUUUGUACAAUUAUGAGGAAAUUCUGUGUUCUAAGAGAAUAGUAGGCAACGUAGAUCGUUCAGUUUUGAAGAUUCAUUUGUAUUUCUUUAAAGUCUCUUCUUUUAAGCUUUGAAAAUCUCAUUUUAUGGUUCUAAUGGAGUGAAAUGCAUUUAUUUUUUUUGUUUCCUGUUUAGUUGUUUGUUUGUUUUUCCAUGUGGUGUCCAUGGUUUCCAUGCCAAUGAGAAGUUAUUUUGGGGGGUAGGAAGCAGCACGACCCUGGCACAGCACUGCAUUCUGAUUUAGAGCUGGUCAAAAGUAGUGCACUAUAUAGGGAAUAGGGUGCCAUUUGGGAUGCAGAUGAGGGUAAGUCUUGACGAUAAGCCCAGUAUUAUUCUAUUCAUGUGUAGAUGGGUUCUAGAACCAAACCAGCACUCUGACAGGGAAAGAGAAAUGGUUGAAUGACACUCCGUUAGUCCCAAUGGUAUAAAGUGAAAAAAGACCCGACUCAAACGGAACUCCAUGAGCUCUAUCCAUUCAUUAUUUUAUCUCAUACGAACAGAACCCGCAGAAAUGCAGGUCCCCAAAAUAUGUUCUUAGUAUUCUUUUACUCAGUAAGAAAAUCUGUGAUUAUUUAUUGGUAAGGCUGUUUUUCUAGCCUGAUCUCAGAUCUGUUUGUGUUGCAUCACUAACCCAGACCAUAGGAGUUAGCAAUACAAUACAAACAGAUCUGGGACCAGGCUACUGUUUUCUGCCUCUACUGUGUAUUCUUUGACGAGCAGUGUGUGUGUGCUUCCUCAAAACCUCAGUAUUUCUGUUUUAUGUGGUCAACUAGUGAGUUCCUUAUGAUUUCAUUAUUAAAGGGUACUAGUCUAUCAGUGCAAUACUAGCUGCUUUUUGAAAAGCUGUUUUUAUUUAUUUUUUAGGUGGAAGAGCAAAAACAUUAAAACAUAAAAACCAGAAAAAUAAUCUAUCUACACUCACUUUACCAAGGAAGCUUCCCAAGUGUAUUAUCUAUAGGGUUUUGCCUUAAUGUAGCAACACGUGUUUUGUCCCAAAUGGCACCCUAUUCCCUAUACAGUGCACUACUUUUGAUCAGGGCCCAUAGGACUCUGGUCAAAAGUAGUGCACUGAAUAGGGUGCCAUUUGAGACGUACACACAUUGUGUUUUGGUAUGCAUUCAUUCUUUGCACAGACUUUCUUUGUUUUGAAAGAUGAUGAAUGUUUUCUUUAUUGCUGGAACCAUUUGGCACAUAGUCACUGCAGGGGAUUUAUGAUUUCUUCACGUUGUACAAGUAGGAUGUGUUUUUUGAAGCAAAAACUAUGCUCUGUAAAUGUAGAAAGAAAUGACUUACUCUCGAUCUUUUAUAUGUUCUAUUUCUUUGAACAAGAAAAGUAUUAAUAAAGUUGUUUUUUAAACAUUA